AUGAGUGACGAUUCGGAUAUUGAUGAUGUUGCUCAUCAAAAGCUUCUCCAAUCAAUUCACACUCCCGGAACUGUCAAAAAGAAUCGGCUGAAAAAGUCAACAAAGUCAAAGAUUGAUGCCAGUUCUCUUCUCUCCCACAUCACUGUUUCGAGGCCUUCCAUGAUCAAAGCGAAGAAAAGUCUUGGGAUUGAAGAUCAAGAUACCACGACAAAAGAGAAAAGUGGGAAAAAACGAAAGUCAGAAGCAGCCGGAUCAGAAGGAACAUCAAAGAAAAAGUUGAAAAGCAAAACGUUGAUUCCACUGAAAGAUGUCGAAGCUCGUAAAGAAAUUGAAGGAAAAAUUGCAUUUACUGAUUUGAAAAAAGAAGUUACACAAAAUUGGACAGAACUUGUUCAGAGUAACAGAAUCAGCGAUCAACUCAUCUUUCCACUUACGAAGCCAGAUGGAAUUAUGUGGGGCGAUGAGAAAACCGAGCCAGUACUAACGGAAAAAGAGAAGGAGGUUAUGAAAGCCACUGAUAUCAAAAUGGCCAAAGAACGUCUAUCACAAAUGCAACGAAUGCGGGCAAUUGUCGGAAUUCAAGAAGCCAAAAAUCGUUACAUGAAAAAGAUCAAAUCGAAAGGAUAUCAUAGAAUUUUGAAAAGAGAGAAAAGGAAACAACUUCUCAAAGAGUUCGAUGACUUGGUUACUCGUGAUCCAUCAGCUGCACAUGAGAAACUCGCAGAAAUGGAUUUGCAGCGAAUUAUGGAGAGAGGAAGUUUGAAACACAGAGGACAGAACCAGAAAUUCAAGCAGAUGCUGGAAAAGCAUGCGAGUAGGAAUCCAGAGGUCAAGAAGCUUCUUGAUGAACAUUUGAGAAUGGGAAGAGAACUGAAAGCAAAAGUGGUCUCAGCAACCGGCGAGGAUUCUGAAGACGAGGGAAAGACGACGACGGAGAAUCCACAGGCAAAGAAGAAGAGUAUUCAUGAUCUUCUUAAGGAUGCUGCACAAGAAGCCGACAAGGAGUCGAAAAACCAAAUUGGAGCAGCUCUCGUUGACUCGUUCCUGGAUGAUUCAGAAGCUCAGAAGGUCACUCUUGCUCAGAUGAGAGCUAAGAAGCGUCAAGAAGCAGCUGCAGUUAAAAGUAUAUCAUCAAAUACUGGAAAGUCUGCAGACGGACCUCUAUUCGAGGUUGACGAAACGUGGCUGAAAGAUGAGAAGAAGGAGAAAAAGAAGAAGAGGAAGGAACUGAAGGCAAAGGAGGAGUCUCGAAAAGGAACAAUUGGAAAGGUUUCCUAUGUUGACAAGAACUAUGAUCCGAAACUGGAAGCCAAGAAAGCUGAAACUUAUGAGGAGAAAGUGGAGAAAGCAGUAGAUGCAGCGGGAGUUCACGACGCUGAAAAGCGACAGAAGGAGAUCGAGCUGGACCCGAGCAAGUUCCUUGAAUUGAAUACUAACGAUUUGACACAAGUCUCGUCGGAUUUCGUCGAGAAAAUGGAUCAGUUUGAUGAAGAGGCGGCUCAAGUUAUCAAUGAAGCUUUCAAAGAUGAUGAUGUCAUUGGUGAUUUUGAGGAUGCCAAGGAAGGUGUGAAGCAGAAGGAGAAGGUGAAAGAUAUCAAUCUGAAUUUGAGUGGAUGGGGAUCGUGGGUUGGUCCAGGAAUUACUGAAAAGAAACGACGACGUAAUUUUGUGAUCAAAGCGAAAGAAAAGAAAAGAAAGGACGGCGAGAGGAACGGAUUGAUUAUUGCUGAAAGUGUCACUGCUAAAGAUGGUAUCGGAAAGAUUCAACCACGUUCUCUGCCAUUCCCGUACACUCGUGUGGAAGACUACGAGGCUGUACUCAAACAGCCGUUGGGUCUCGAAUGGAAUAUGGAGAAGAUGCGUGAUGAGUUGUGCAAGCCAGCAGUUGUUGUUGAGGUAAAGUGGGUAUUAUGA